UAGCAAGUAGCAAUUUAGGGUUUUCAUUUUACCCAUUUCCUCUCUUUGUACGAACAAAGUGCUUCGAGUUUUUGUUAACCUUUUUCUCUGAUCUAAUGGCGAUGGAAGAUCAAUCGGCGGCGAGAUCUAUCGGAAAAGUUAGUUGGUUUAGCGAUGGAAAAGGCUACGGUUUCAUUACUCCCGAUGAUGGCGGCGAAGAGCUUUUUGUUCAUCAAUCCUCAAUUGUCUCCGAUGGAUUCCGUAGCUUGACUCUUGGUGAAUCGGUUGAAUACGAAAUCGCGCUUGGAAGCGACGGAAAGACUAAGGCCAUUGAAGUUACUGCUCCCGGCGGCGGUUCACUUAAUAAGAAGGAAAACAGCUCCCGUGGAUCCGGAGGUAAUUGUUUUAAUUGCGGUGAGGUUGGUCAUAUGGCUAAGGAUUGUGACGGUGGAAGUGGUGGGAAAAGCUUUGGAGGUGGUGGUGGUCGUAGAUCUGGCGGCGAAGGUGAAUGUUACAUGUGUGGUGAUGUGGGACACUUCGCUAGGGAUUGUAGGCAAAGCGGUGGUGGAAACAGCGGCGGAGGAGGAGGAGGUGGUCGUCCGUGUUACAGUUGCGGUGAGGUUGGUCAUUUGGCAAAGGAUUGUCGUGGUGGUUCUGGUGGAAACAGAUACGGAGGAGGUGGUGGUCGUGGAUCUGGCGGUGAUGGAUGCUACAUGUGUGGUGGUGUGGGACAUUUCGCUAGGGAUUGUAGGCAAAACGGCGGUGGAAACGUUGGAGGUGGUGGAAGCACUUGUUAUACCUGUGGCGGAGUUGGCCACAUUGCGAAAGUUUGCACCAGCAAGAUACCUUCUGGUGGUGGUGGUGGUGGUCGUGCUUGUUACGAAUGUGGAGGAACUGGCCAUUUGGCUCGUGACUGUGAUCGGAGAGGAAGUGGAAGCAGCGGAGGUGGCGGUGGCAGUAACAAGUGCUUCAUCUGCGGCAAGGAAGGUCACUUUGCGAGGGAAUGUACUUCGGUUGCUUAACAAAAAGAUGCAAAGAAGAAGAGUAAUGUUCAUAAACCUCUUUUGUUUUCUAUUAAAAUCUACCUAAUGCUCCUUUUUGGUGACUAUAAUGUGAUUGCUAAAGUCGUUUAGGAUGUUUAAGAAUGGUUGUUUUGGGAGUUUUUGAUCUCUCUAUAUUACUCUUUUGACUGGUUUAUGCAACCUGUUCACUGCUUUUGUUGAUGCCAUAAGUUUGAGAUCUUGAAUGAUAUGUGUGCUUGCUUAUUUACAGUUUCUUGUCUUUCCUUGCAAUGAGUGUGAUUGUAUGACUUGAAAAUUCAAUCUGUUAUGGUCACUUCUGUUAUAUACCAAGAUUUGAGACUUUUUUUUACUAACUUGUAAAUACAAAGAGAUGAGUCACAAGUCUUUCUUGGUUCCUCUUUGUUGGAGAGCUUAAAGAUUUUCCUGUAACUGGUUUACUUAUACUCUGCAUUGCUGUUUUUCUUGUUCUUGAUGAAACAGAGAUAUUAGCUUAAGAAUAAUCUUUUGAUAUUUUAGAUUACUUAGAUCUUGUUUUAGGAGAAUCUCCUGAACAGAGGAGAGACAUGGUGUGCGUGAUCUUGUAGUGCCUAUGCCUGUUCGUCAGUUCGUGGUUUCUUUUUCUCUACUUACCGUGAUGUUUUAAGAAGAUGAUGAAGUUAAUCCCGUUAGUUUUUUUUAACCUAAUUACACUUGUGAUUAGCUGAAUCUUUCGGAUAUAAACAUUUGGAUCCCACGUGUUCUGUUAUUG